AGAGAAGAAAUAGCAAAUGCCCAAUCUGGACAGGAAUUGUUCUGUCCCGGGAUGUUUCUUUGGAGAAAGUGGAGUUUUAUUCCGUGGAAUGAACUACAGCUAAGAAAUGAGCGAAACUUGCAAGGUGACGUGUCACUCGUACCAGCUCUUUGGCGAGGUAACCCUGUUAUGGUAAAGUUGGUCGAAAAAAAUGUCGAUACUGAGUCGGAACAAAUGCUAAGAAACGAGAUAAUGAUGGUGAAAACGUUAUCUCACCCAAGUAUUCCUUUAUAUUAUGGUUGGGGAGAAUCUGAGAAGGAAUUAUUUCUUGUCAUGGAGUUGUUAAGGGGUGCUUCACUUGAGAAGAUGCGUAAUACUUUGAAAGGGGAUUAUGCAAAGGUUGCGGAAAUAUUUUAUCGUUGUGUUGAAGUGGUGGAAUAUCUGCAUUCUAGAAAUAUCAUCCACAGGGACUUGAAGCCCAGCAACUUUUUUGUUCUUGAAGGCGGUUGUAACAUAAAAGUACUCGAUUUUGGAGUUGCUAAAAGUUUUCGCGCAAACGCAACACUUACUGGUGAUACUGGUAGCUAUUGGUAUAUGGCUCCGGAGGUUAUUUCUGAUGGCUAUGUUGAGAACGAAAAGCAGUAUGAUAUGAAAGCUGAUAUAUAUUCUAUGGGUAUUAUUCUGAAUGAACUUCUUACUGGAGUGACGCCAUAUAUAGAGUAUCCAGAUGCAACUCCUUGGCAAAUAGCAAACACUGUUUUGAGGCAAGGUUUACGGCCUCAACUGGUUGCUGAUUGUCCCUGUUUAACGGAAUUUCAAUCCCUGAUUCAAGCCUGUUGGGUUGAAGAUCCUAGAAAUCGUCCAAAUAUUUCACAAGUUCGGAUAGAGAUGUUCGAAAUUUUGAAGAGGAUGGGUAUUUCUGUGAAGGAUUAUAACAAGACCUCUUGUAAUCUGCAGUAAUUAGUGCAGAGGGACUUUAAAUACUUGGAGAACGUGCCACUUAUCAAAUAUGAUGAUAUUCAGUGAAUUGGGAAGAUUAAUCUUUGUUAAAUUUUGAAAAGUCUUAUACGAAGAACCCAAACGCAACUCUUGCUAUUUACGAGAGUAAUCAUCUUUUUCACAACAAGGAAUCUUCAAGUACUUGAGUUUCAAAUACAUUGAAAGAUUUCUUGCAAGGAUUAUUUUACACAAAAUGUGAACAACACUUAUCCGCAAUCACUAUCAUUUUUCACCUUUUAGAAUUGUGUGGAUGGAGCGACGGUUGAUAGGAUUGUACGAGGCACAGAACAAAAUAUUGCUGUUGUUCAUAACCAUUUGAAAACCUUGGUUUAUCUUUAAUCUGAUGUUUAACGGAAUAGAAGGUUUUUCUAGAUAGUGUACUUUUUACAAGGAAUGGAAAUUUUGGACCAGGGCUGGAUAAGGUUGAGCCGUAAAUAAAACUCUUCAUUGACACAGACAACUUUUCUACAACGGCUUCUGUAUUUUUGUGGGUUCUUUUGAACAGUGAAGAACCUAACUUGUUAGAAGCCACAAAUAAACAUUCGACGACGAUUGGGUGCGACGCAAGGCAAACCAUGUCAUUCGUUGCAAACGUGUCGAAACAAGCCUAUCAUUGGUGUGCACUAU